GUCGCUCCACAGUUUUUAUUGAGAGAUGUACAGUCCGCGUGUUGGCGCAGACCCGGCUCUACUUCGGGACCGCGUGCGUUCACGUGUGGCCCAAACUCCGCUCUGACUCUGACUCUAGUCCGUACAAUGGGGACGCGCACCUGCGGCUGAAUGGAAAUCCACGGAGGGACCAGCGCCUCUGCCGCCUCUCUCAGCCGAUUAUUCCACGUCUUGUCGUGGUUUAAGCUGAUUUCACCGGGGAUGUGAAUGCCUCUGUGGGAUUAGACGAGGUUACUGGACCAUGCGCCUUCACUCGUGGCUUUUGUUCACGACCGGUGCUCCACCGCACCCCCAGCAGCAGUAGCCGUAUCUCGCUCCCGGUCUCCUGCCUCAUUCUACCCGAUGUGGAGAGGAUAAGAUGAAUUCUUGGCUGCGCAGCUUCCACCCUCUCCUCUUGUGUUUCUUGACGGUGGUCGCUUUGUGCACUCGAGUCCCCAGACCCGGUGAUAAUGCAUGUUGGAUUUCAAGCGUCUCUUCUUGUACUGAAUGCCUCAAACGUGGACCACAGUGCGCCUGGUGCUUCAAGGAGGACUUUUUGGAAGGAGCAGCAUCCAACUACCGCUGUGAUCUGGCUGAAAACCUGCUUUUGAAAGGCUGUGAAUCAGAGUUUCUGGAGCAGUCAGAGACUAAAGUGGAAGUGGACGCAACCAUCAGCAGCACACAAGUGUCACCUCAAGACAUCAGCAUCCAACUGCGCCCAGGCUCACAGGCCAGCGUUAUUUUGGCUGUAAAGCAACUUGAGCGCUACCCUGUGGAUCUUUACUAUCUGGUGGAUGUGUCGGCAUCAAUGCAGGAAAACCUGGAUCAUCUGAAGACAGUUGGUGUAGCACUUUCUCUUCAAAUGACGCAGCACUCUUCAGACCUUUGGGUUGGCUUUGGCUCAUUUGUGGAUAAACCAGUCUCCCCUUACAUCAACGUUCAUCCCUCUAAAAUAAAUAACCCCUGCAGUGAUUAUGAGAUCCGUUGCCGGCCUGCUCACGGCUUCCACCAUGUUUUAAGUAUGACUGGAAAUAUGAGCGAAUUUACACGUGUGAUCAAACGGCAGCGCAUCUCUGGGAACAUGGACACACCAGAAGGAGGACUGGACGCAAUGCUGCAAGCUGCUGUCUGCCAUAAAGCUGUGGGCUGGCGACCUGAAGCAAAGCGUUUAUUGUUGUUGAUGACGGACCAACCCUCUCACCUGGCUUUGGACAGCAGGCUGGCCGGGAUUGUGACCCCCAAUGAUGGACUGUGUCACCUGGAGAACAAUAUCUACACUGCAAGUACGGUCAUGGACCACCCCAGUUUGAGUCAGCUGUCUGACAAGCUGCUUGAAAAUCAUAUUUAUUCUAUAUUUGCUAUAGAGAAGCAACAGUAUCAGUGGUACAAGGAAUUGGUACGAUGGCUGCCAGGGACAUAUCUGGGAAAGCUUGGACUAUUCCAGGCCUCCAAUCUUACAGAACUGGUGGUGGGUGCAUACAAGGAGCUGCUGUCAGAGGUAGCUGUGACAGUGUCCUUGAACGACAGAGCAUCUAGCAGGUUCUGGGUGUCCGUGUCUCCCCUCUGCCCCAACGGCUCCACGGCAAACCAACAGAGCUGCUCCAGAGUGCAGCCGGGACAGACGGUUUAUUUUAACAUCACUGUUGGAAUGCACAGCUGCCCUGACAAUGGUGAAGAUGAAGACAUAUCAUUGACGGUUCGCCCUGUGGGUUACAAUGAGUCCAGUGUGAUUAGGAUCCGUUCCAAGUGUCGUUGCUGCUGUGAAUCAACUGGACACUGCCAUAACAGCAGCCAGGCAUUUUGUGAAGAAACAGGCCAGGAGCAGAGGGACCCAAGCCUGAACCUGAGCUGCCAGUCUGCCGGGUCAGACCUGAUGUGCAGCGGGCGAGGAACUUGUGAAUGUGGGAGGUGUGUGUGUGACCAGAGCAGGCUGGGCACUGUCUACGGAAAGUACUGUGAGAAAGAUGACUUCUCAUGUCCGUACUUCAGAGGGCUAAUCUGUGGAGGGCAUGGUGACUGCGUACUUGGCGAGUGUGUGUGUAAAAAUGAUUGGACAGGCGAUAGCUGUGAAUGCCCUGCUUCCUCCACAAGUUGCCAAUCACCCGACGGUUUAUUGUGUAGUGGCCACGGUGAGUGCGUCUGUGGCAGGUGUGUGUGUAGUGACUCCAGACGCUCUGGAAGCUUCUGUGAGAGAUGUCCUGUCUGUCAAAGCACCUGCCAGUCAAACAUGAACUGUGUGUUCUGCCAUGCUGCCGACGGCCUUAGUAAGAGAGAAAAAUCCCACUGCAAUAAGACAUGCCCCACCUCAGUCCACUAUACUGACAAUGGUCAAAUAGGGGAUAAAUGGGUCCAGUGCAUGUACGUCAGUAAUAACAACUGUCGCUAUCCAUUUCAAAUAACGACAGAGGCUGGACAGACUGAGCUCCACAUUCACACAAGGGCAGAGUGUCGCAGCAGUAGUCGGGUGGGAACCUUCCUGAGUGUGUGUGCUCUGACUGUAUUGUGUGGGCUGGUGGUGGUAGCUGUGUCUAGGCUGCUGCUCCUGAAAAGGCAUCGGCCACCAGGGGGCACUGCUGAUGGGGUCUACAAUUGCACUGAUAAGGAUCUCUCAUACAUCCCUACAACCAAUGAGAAAACAGUAACCUACAGAAGGGACAGACCACGAGAUCACCCAGUGGAGAUGAAUAUUCAAGUCCCCAAGAUGCCCAUUAAUGACCCCUGGCAUUAAAAUGGAGCGGAUUUAUGUCUAAUGAUUUCAUAACUUACAGACUAUGACUAAAAAGGCUAAUUCAGAAAGCACAAAAAGCUGACACUUGCUCUGUUUGUCUUUGCAUUGUAUGUGGAUUUACACUGAAAUUUGCGGGCAGGGAUUUCAGGGCAUUUAUUUAGAAUGGCCAAAGCACUCAAAUUGUGUCUUUAGCUUAGUCUGCCCCCGUGUGGCUGCACUAGAGAAGUACACUGUUAUAAAACAUUUCUGAUAUUCUAUUAACCUCUGACUAGUUCAAAUACUGACUGUAUUUGGGCAUCAUUGUUUUCAUUGCGUUAUCUUGUACUGUAUUUUUGUAAUCUAAUUAGCACAGCACCAUUCUUUUUUUCUUUUUUCUUUUUUUUCUUUUUUUUUUUUUAGCUUGUAAUAUUUUAUUUUUAUGUAUUUUAGUUUUGAUGGUUAGACUUGCACUUGAACAAUUAUUGCAUUGUACUACUGGGUACUGGGUGUUACAUGACAAACAUUUUAUGGGCAUUAGACACAAUUUACACAUUAAAAACAGUCAGAAACACUGGAAGUUUUAAACUGCGUAUGGGCAGUAUAAUGCAUCUCAGAAUUUUUCACAGCUAAAGCGCUGCUAUGAGAAGUGAUUUUAAAACGUGCACUAAAGCCAUUCACAGGCUUGUUAGAGACCUUUUUGGUAUACUUUUUUUUAACUUUUAAUUCCUGCAUCCUUGUUUACAGCAAUAAGUAAAUUAUAACUAUUAUGAUUGUUCUUGUUAAGUGAGAAACACUAAUUAUUUAUUUUUAUAUUUCUUUCUUAGUAAUUCAAGAAACUGCUUGUACAUUGUUACAUUGCAUUGUAAGUUGCCUAUUAUUGUACAUUAAUUAUAACAAAUCAGCAAUAAUCAUCUCAUCUGGUAGGCAAUUUUGCUUGAAUUCCAACGACUGUAGCAAAGCUGUUUUCAUUCCAAUAA